UGAAGGGCGGUUGCUAGGGUUCUGAACAGCGACUGUGCUGUACAGUCAUUUUGGAAUAAACUAAGAAAUGCCAAUAGUCCAGCGCUGUCCGAAUAAACUAAGAAACGCCAGUAGUCCGGCGCAUUCCGACAUGCAUAGAGCGCAUAUGCAACCUGCAUGCUGGCUCCGCAGCCUCCCUCUCUGAUCCUCGCCAGGUUGGCGGGCGAGUGGCCGGCACCGCUCACUGCGGGACAGCGAAGAUGGCGGAAUCGGGCGGUGGGGAGUUCGCCUCGGAGCGGCCGUCGAGCAGUAUGGCUGGCAAGAACAGUACCUUAAGAUGCACAUUUUCAGCUUCUGGCCACAGCUGCACCCUCCUACAAGGUCUGGCAACACUAAGGGCACAAGGACAGCUCCUGGAUGUCACCCUGUCUGUAGGAGAUGAAAGCUUCCAAGUGCACAAGGCCGUUCUUGCCUCUUGUAGUGAUUAUUUCAGAGCCAUGUUCACUGGGGGCAUGCGAGAGGCACAGCUGGACAGCAUUGAACUGAAAGGUGUAUCUGCUCGGGGCCUGAGACACAUCAUUGACUUUGCCUACAGUGCCGAGGUUACCCUAGAUCUUGACUGUGUUCAGGAUGUGCUGGGUGCUGCUGUCUUCUUGCAGAUGGUGCCAGUAGUGGAACUGUGUGAGGAGUUUCUUAAAUCCGCAAUGAGCGUGGAGACCUGUCUGAACAUUGGACAAAUGGCUACAACUUUCAGCUUGGCCUCUCUCAAAGAGUCAGUUGAUGCCUUCACUUUCCGUCACUUCCUUCAGAUUGCAGCAGAAGAUGACUUCCUUCAUGUCCCCCUAGAACGCCUUGUUUUCUUCCUGCACAGCAACCAGCUGACUGGCUGCAGUGAAAUCGACCUGUUCCAUGCUGCCACACGUUGGUUGCGACAUGACGAGUCACGGCGUGCAUGUGCUAGCCAAGUACUCCGCCACGUGCGCUUUCCAUUGAUGAAAUCAGCUGAACUGGUGGACUGCGUGCAGACUGUUGAUAUGAUGGUAGAGGAUGUCCUCUGCCGCCAGUAUUUGCUGGAGGCUUUCAAUUACCAGAUCCUGCCUUUCCGUCAACAUGAGAUGCAGUCUCCAAGAACUGUCAUCCGGUCUGAUGUAGUCAGCUUAGUCACAUUCGGUGGCACACCUUACACAGACAAUGACCGCACAGUAUCCAAUAAGGUCUACUACCUGCCUGAUGCUAGUGCACGCCAAUUCAAGGAACUGACUGAGAUGCAGGUGGGCUGUAGUCACGCAUGCCUGGCUGUUCUGGACAAUUUUAUUUAUGUAGUAGGCGGGCAGCACUUGCAGUACAGAAGUGGUGAGGGCGCAGUGGACGUCUGUUUUCGGUAUAACCCACAUUUAAACCACUGGCUGCCCAUUCAGCCACUGCAAGAGAGCCGAAUCCAGUUUCAGCUUAAUGUUUUGCAUGGUCGUCUUUAUGCCACUGGUGGUCGAAAUCGGGCAGGUAGCCUUUCUUCAGUAGAGUGCUACUGCCCCAGGGGGAACCAGUGGACCUACGUUGACUCUCUCAAACGCAGGGUAUGGGGCCAUGCUGGUGCCACCAGUGGUGGGAAACUCUAUGUGUCUGGAGGAUAUGGUGUCUCAGUGGAUGACAAGAAGACCCUUAACUGCUAUGACGCAGUUGCUGACCAGUGGGAAUUUCGAGCGCCCAUGAAUGAGCCAAGGGUGUUACAUGCAAUGGUUGCUGCUUGCGAGCGUAUUUAUGCUGUCGGUGGUCGGAUGGAUCACAUUGACCGCUGCUUUGAUGUUCUGGCUGUCGAGUAUUAUAUACCUGAGACGGAUCAGUGGACAACUGUCAGCCCAAUGCGUGCAGGCCAGUCAGAAGCUGGUUGCUGCUUCCUUGACAACAAGAUCUACAUUGUGGGUGGCUACAACUGGCACCUGAACAAUGUCACCAGCAUUGUGCAGGUGUAUAAUACAGAGACAGAUGAGUGGGAGCGAGACUUGCAUUUUCCAGAGUCCUUUGCAGGAAUUGCUUGCACUACAGCAGUUCUCCCACAGGCAAUGACACAGCGGUGACCACCAGCGACAGCCAUCAGCAGGAUUUAUUCUCUUGGGAAGGGAUGAAACCAGAUUUGAAUAAUUACAUUUCAACUUGGCUGUCUUCUGAUUUUUCUUUCUCAACCAGUGUUGAAAAGAAACAGUUUUAAUGGACAGACAGUGAGUCCUAAAUGGGUUCUCCCAGCACCACAUCCUGAAUGUGAGUGAACUGCACAAUUUGAUCUUACUUUGUCUGCUUCCGCAGAUAGUAAGAUGCUCUGGCAUUCUGAGAACAGUGAGUUCCUUUGACUUACUCACUGUGUCAUUGCUUCCAUACCAGCAUCACUUGCGUGCACUGGACAAACUGACAUUGGGAGAGAGACAUAUUUCCAUCUUGAAAAGAAGUAAUUUAUUAACACCUAAUAGCUAACAGCUCUGUUCCACCCAAACAGAGACAAUUGUGCACUCUAGAGUUUAACUUUAUGCUUUUCCAUUCAAACAAGAAUAAGAGGAUUGGGUCCAGCAUAUAAUUCUGCUACUCAUUAGUCAAUCAUAUCGCUCAUAACUUUGGUGUGAUUUGUACAUAUAUUUGUAUACAAAAAAAUAAACAGUGGACACAGGCUCAGCCUUGUGCCACUUGUUUUUAGAAAGUUCUCUAUGGUAUGGUGGAGAUGUCCAUGACAUGAGUAUCUUGCCCACAUUUAGAUGAUUGAUUUAGUGAUCCUAUCCUGGUUAUCAUCCGAAUAUCUAACUCACCUCAUAGCAGCAUACGUCCUGAAAUGCUUAUCUUAACAUCUUCCUCCAGGAAAAAUGACUUUCCAUUUUCUUUAUUCGAUUAGGAAAGCUCUUCUGCAGCUUUUUAGUGUAUGUUUGUUUUUUAAACUGCAAAUGUCCACUUCUCAUCAAUUAAUACAUUUAUUGAAUGGUUUAUCAUAUUUUAUAUAUUAAGAUACUGUCUUUCUUGAAGCACAACUAACUAAAAGGCACAUUGCAUAGAGCAAAACAGCCUUUUGAAGGCCAUGGUAACUUGAGAUAUUAAGACAAUACAAACACAGUGUCAUUACCUGGGAGUUCAUCUUUUAUACUCUAAAAUCUAGGUUGAUUUGCUCUUGUCUUUUUUGGAGUCGCCCUUCCCUGAUUCUCUUCAACUGUUUUUGCUGUGUUUUGAUCCUCCCCGCAGGCCUCUUUUACCUUUUUGGUUAAAUACCCUGCUUUUUCUUUAAUAUAUUGCCCAAUUUUAACUGCUGUAUUUUUCCUCAUUGGAUUUGCCUCCUUCUUGUAUUAAGCAGUCUUUAAAUCUCAGGAGUGUGGGAAUGGGGAAUUGAAUAUAAAUGAGCUGAAAAGGUUGUGCCAGUAACCCUAAAGUGUUAUUUAAAAAUGUGUUCAUUCAAAAUUUCAUUGCAAAAAGGCUUCUGCAGUACUGGUUAUUCAGGUCUGAGCUACCAGAUCAGCGCUCUGGGCAAGGGAGAGUUGCAGGAUCUAACAAAAUUAACAUGCUGCAGCUUGUUUUAUUAUAGAGCACAAAAUCUGUUUUUUUUUAUGUUUGUUUUUUUUUUGUUUGUUUUUUGCAUGCAACAGUAAAAAGUGAUCAGAUUACAUGUGCAAAAAAGGUCACAAUUGGGCAACAUAAAUAAAAGCCUUGCAUUUUUCUCCUCUUCAGCCUACUGGGAAGGGAGAAGACAGUCACACAUGUUGAUUUUUAGAAUUUAUUGUGUAAUGAGAGCAGUAUAUAUAUAUACAGUGCUUGCAGGCUCAGUGUCCCGUCUUGGUACUUUUUGGCAUUUGUUUUUUUUUUUUACUAAAUUGACCACAUUUAUAACUAUGUCAUACAAUAAUAUUAUGACUUUGUGUAUGCCAGAAAGUUGGGCAAUCACCACAUGGGACUCAGUAUCUACUGUGUUCUUUAGGCUUUUCAUUGUCAGGCAGUUCCUUUUGAUGUCAAAACUUUGAACUCACUAAUCCUUGAAGGAUAAGGGUUUUAAUGAGCCUUUGCUUUUUGUCAAAGACAAUGCAUCGUCAAGUGACAGGUGACCACCUUUGUACAAAUUGUGUCUUAUUUUAUCUGUGAAUCACUUGAGUGUUUAUUAAGACACUACAGUAUAUACUUAGAAUUGUAUUUAUAUAUGUUUAUUUAUUGGAUUCAGAGAAAUAAUAAAUAAGUUCAGGUAUGAGAAGUCAAUGGAAUUUUAUUAUGGCUACAGGGGACUUGGUAAAGAGUGUGCUAAUGCUGACAUAUAACUGGAAACAUGCAGAGUUUAAAAGGGCAAAGUAUGUGGUAUGGGAAAGUAAUAAUGUCAGGUAUGAAGUCAUGCAUUAAAUCUUCAUUUUAUGGCAACAA